CAUCGUCAUUGCUGCAGGUGAAUACACAUAUAAAAAAACGAGAAAAAGAAAAAAGCACCCUUUGCUCUCUUCUUCUUCUUAAAACAAUGAGUGAUACGACGAAAGCUGUAGUAACAAAAGUAGGGCACACGCUAGUUGGUAGUGAUGCAGAGCUUUCCUAUCUACGUGAUCUGUACCUUCCAAAAGAAUUAAACGAUCGCGAAAUAGAUAAUGGUCUGUUGGUUUACAAGUCAAUCACAGCAUACCCGCCCGUGAAGCAGCUGCGUCCUUCUGACCGUAAACGUAUCUUGGUGACAGGUGGUGCAGGUUUUGUGGGCUCUCAUUUGGUCGAUCGACUCAUGUGGAUGGGACAUGAGGUGAUUGUAUUGGACAAUUUCUUUACAGGCUCUAAGCGAAAUGUGCAGCAUUGGAUUGGUCACCCUCACUUUGAAUUGGUGCGUCAUGACGUGGUCGAUCCCUUCAUGAUUGAAGUCUCACAGAUUUAUCACUUAGCCUGUCCAGCUUCUCCUCCUCAUUAUCAGUAUAAUCCUACCAAGACGGUCAAGACAAGUGUGAUGGGAACUAUCAAUAUGCUGGGUCUUGCCAAACGUACCAAAGCUAGAUUCUUGCUUACUUCCACGUCUGAGGUGUAUGGUGAUCCUGAGGAGCAUCCUCAAAAGGAAACGUAUUGGGGUAAUGUGAACCCAAUUGGACCCAGAGCUUGUUAUGAUGAAGGUAAACGUAUUGCCGAGACAUUGACAUAUGCCUACAUGCGACAGAACGAUGUGGAUGUACGUGUGGCCCGUAUCUUUAAUACAUUCGGACCGCGUAUGUCACCAGCUGACGGACGAGUGGUCAGUAAUUUUAUUAUGCAAGCAAUCAAGGGAGAAUCAUUAACGUUGUACGGUGACGGAGAGCAGACGCGAUCAUUUCAAUAUGUACAUGAUUUGGUAGAUGGGCUUAUAUUGUUGAUGAAUAAGAAUUACAGCGAGCCAGUGAAUUUGGGCAAUCCUGAAGAGUAUACGAUUCGAGACUUUGCAGACAUGAUUCGCGAAAUGGUAUUACAGCCUCCACUUUCGGCAGAUCAUGUGAAUAUCAAGAUAUUACCCGCUGCGUUGGAUGAUCCUAAGAAGCGUAAACCAGAUAUCACCAGAGCUAAAAAAUAUUUGGGUUGGGAGCCUGGAUUUUCUGUUAAACAAGGAUUACAAGAAACUGUCGACUGGUUUAAAGUACAAGUCACUGAAGGCUCUAUUUAAGUCUUUAUUUAUUUUCAAUCAGUUUACCCACAAGUAAAUAUUUUCCUUUAAAUAGAUUUUCCUAAUACACAGUUUAGAGAAAAUAUAAUAAAAUAUGUAUAUCUUUUUUUACCCAUUCUCUUAAAGACUCCCAAU